GGCAUUACAAUCAAGGAGCAAGAAUUUAGUGGAGCCUUUAAAGUUUCUGGGACUGUACUGUUAUGGGAAGAAGAAAACUUUCGAGUAAGGGAUCUACUCAAGAAAACCCACCGAAAAAGGGUCCUGGGAGGAAGGCAAAGAAGCAACCAGCGCCAAAGUUACCGAAACAGUUAGAUGGGAGCAAUGUUCAGAAUUCGAGGAAAAGAAAGUUGAAACAUCAGAGUGGAAGUGUGCCAGGGAAAAGCAAGUCUGAGGUGAAGAGCUCUAAGAAGGCAAGAAUGAAACGAUCUUUAUCUGAUGCUGAAGAGACACAGGAAGCUGAAGAAUCAAGUGGUGAAGAAUUUGUUAAGUUAAAUAUCAAGUCAAAUCCUUUUAGUGAUAGCAAUGCCAACUGGCUAAAACUUGCUAAGAAGGAUGGGGAAGGUAGUGAUGACCAGGAUGAUUUCAUGCAAGAUGAUGAUUUUAUGAGUGAUGAUUACAGCACUAGUAAACAAAAUGACAGUAAUACUGAUGAUGAUGAAAAUGUUAAUGAAGAGGAUGAUGAUGAUGAUGAUGGUGAUGACAAGGAUGAUGAUGAUGAUGAUGAUGAAGAUGAAGAUGAUGAGGAGAUGUUACCCAUAGAGAGGAAAGCUAAAAAGCUUGAUGAGAAAAAAGCCAAAGACAAGGCCUUAGCUGAAGAAGAGCUUAUGACUAACAUCACUGAAACUGAAGUGUUUGUGCUGCCAAGUGGACAGGAAAUAGAGAAAGAAGCAAAUGAACAUACAGAUUUAGCUUUGAUCAAUCAAAGAAUCAGGGAUAACAUACAAGCACUCAACAACUUUAAUACAACACGUGAACCUGGCAGGUCACGACAGGAAUAUGUGGAACUACUUCUUAGUGACCUUUGUAAAUACUACAGUUAUGGAAAAUUUCUGAUGGAGAAAUUUAUGGACCUUUUCCCCAUAAAUGAGUUGGUAGAAUUCCUUGAGGCAAAUGAAGUUCAGAGGCCCAUCACUAUUAGAACAAAUACAUUGAAGUCGAGAAGAAGAGAUCUUGCACAGGCCCUUAUAAACCGUGGGGUAAAUUUAGACCCAAUUGGCAAAUGGUCUAAGGUUGGACUUGUUGUCUAUGACUCUUCUGUACCAAUUGGAGCCACCCCAGAAUAUCUAGCAGGACACUACAUGUUGCAAGGGGCAUCAUCAAUGCUCCCAGUUAUGGCCUUGGCUCCUCAGGAGAAAGAACGGGUAUUAGACAUGUGUGCAGCUCCUGGUGGCAAAACUACAUACAUAGCAUCACUCCUAAAGAACACUGGACUGGUGGUUGCAAAUGAUGCUAAAAAGGAAAGAACAAAAGCUUUAGUUGCUAAUAUUCAUAGAUUAGGAAUAAGUAACACCUUGGUUUGUCAUUAUGAUGGUCGAGCAUUUCCAAAGGUAAUGGCAGGUUUUGACCGUGUUCUUCUUGAUGCCCCAUGCAGUGGAACAGGAGUCAUAUCAAAGGAUCAGUCUGUUAAAAUCAAUAAGACUGAGAAAGAUAUUCAUCGGUGUUCUCAUAUUCAGAAAGAACUCAUUCUGUCUGCUAUUGAUGCUACAGAUGCUAAGUCAUCAAGUGGUGGAUAUAUUGUUUACUCCACCUGUUCUGUUUUGGUAGAAGAAAAUGAGGCUGUGAUUGAUUAUGCUCUCAGCAAAAGACACGUAAAACUGGUAUCCACUGGGUUGGACUUUGGCCAAGAAGGAUUUUCAAAGUUCAGGGGAAAACAUUUCCAUCCUUCCUUAAAAUUGAGCAAGAGAUUUUUCCCUCACACUCACAACAUGGAUGGAUUUUAUGUUGCCAAGUUGAAAAAAUAUUCCAACAAAAUUUCUCCUCAAGGAGAAAUUUCCAGCAAAGUAGGGAACAAGAAAGAUUAACCAAAAAAGGAAUCGCCUCCCCAAGAAAAUCAAGAAAUUGAUCUGGGAACUAUACAAACUGCCACAGGAAACUCAGAUGAUAACUAGAAGUUUCAGAAUCAAGAAUGCUGCCCAGAACACUUGAUACACAAAUGUCACAACCAAUAAAAAACACUGAUUACAUGUGGCUUUCAACUUAAAUAGGGAGGCACCAUAAAGGGAAAAAACAGUCUUCAAUAGACUUGCUUCCUCAUCCUCAUAGCACCUUGUGCAGUGUUCACAGCCAGGACAAAUACCUGCUUGUGGUCAAGUUGCAGUUUUUUCAGACCCUUGUUUGAUACAGCAUUCUUACAAUGACUUGCAAACUUAACAGUAACAUAUAGGCCAACAAUCUAUUAUCUUUUUCAAAUUUUAUUUAUAGUUAUUAUAAAAAAAUAUACUUAGUACAAUACAAGUUAGUAGCAUACAACCUACACUGAAUGUCACAUGCUGCUCUACAAAAUACAUUAAUCGUCUCUACAAUAAGCAUCACUUCCUCCAUUAAUAGGUUUAGGCAAUUUGGCUAGAAACUUCUAGUUCAUUCUUUAGGUAACUUAGAGCAUAUAAAGGAUAUGUGAAGCCUUUAAAGCAUGUGGUUGAUGUCAAUUGCAGACAAGAACUAAUUGAAACCUGUGCUUAUUAUUCAAGUGUAACUUGUUGAUGAAAGCAGGUAUUUAUUAUGAUAUUGCUUGCAAAUCCCUGACACCAUAUACAAGGUUAUAAGUCCACCUUUAGUUAGAUUUUAAGAUUCAUUAAAUAAAACGUUAUCUGAAUACCUCUCAAAGGCAUGUUCUAAUCAUGGAAAAAAUUCCACACACAACUAUCUCCAUUUCACUACAAAAUACCUUGUUUUUAUCAGUUGUCUUAAGUAUCAGAAAAUAUGAGAUAUUAAGCAUGUAUAAUAGUGUUUUUGUCUUGUCUUUCAGAAGCUCAAUACUACAAACUGAAGUAAACAUAUUUUCCUCUCCAGUCAAAUCAAACAAAGCAUGACUUACAAACCUUCUAAAAAUAACCAGAUAAAAUUUUACUAGUCCUAGCGCACAAUAGUUACAAAAAAAAUUGUAAACACUAACAGAGAAGCUUGCAGGCAAAUCAAGUAAAGGAUACAGAAGAACUUUAAUUUGACUUUCAAUAGAUCAUAAGUUGAAAUAAAUAACUAUUUACAAGGGAGUUUCACAGUCAACAAUACCGUUUGAAAAAAGCUGAUCUAAAUUAUUUUUAAUCAUUAACGAAAUGAUCAUCAAAACAAAAGCCAACAAGUGAAAUGGUUAAAAACCUAUUAAAUUCAACAUAGUUCUUGUAGUUGGAGUAGUGUUCACAGUCUUUUAUGAUACAGUGAGUAUUUAAUUUGCGUUCACGUUUAUAUUAGUUUGAAAUGUACUGUACAGAUUAUUCAUUUGCUACCUCAUACAAAGGUAACAUUCAUGCCAAGGUACAGUAAUUGUCUGUUCAUUAAAUAGGCUAAAUACAGUUUGGUGCUUUGUCAAGUUAAAACAAGCCAACAAACAGCAAAUGAGUAACUUUUAA